AUGGCCCUGUUAUCAUAUCUCUGCAUCUUGAUUCAAGUUGCCGCACUGGCCGCAGCAGCUUCUUUCAAUUCCAAUGUUCGCGUGACAGACCCCUACAUUGCCACCCAAUGGAACGCCUGUCCGUCAAUAUGCGACAGUGCCAACCCCAAUGACUGGGACUUUUACUCCAACCUUCGAAUCCUUAAGUCAUGCAAAGAACCAAUGCUCCUCAACCUGGUGGUUGGCUUUUCAAAUAGCACGACGAAUCUUAAUGCCCGUCAGCCGCUGUAUGCCUGUUCGACAACAAACGACGGGUACCACAGUACUACCUCGAAGGCCAAAACUGCGAGUACACCACAAGCAGGGUCCUCGCGCUACUCGACCAAAGAUGUUCAGAUAGAGACCGCGUGGCGGGGAGAGGAAACAAGUCGGUAUACAUCCCACGCGGGGGUCGCAGCUCAACUUGUGCAGUCGCAUUUAAACGCCCCGCCGAGCGAAAAUGCCACAAUUGCUAUGGCAUACUCGAACGGUAUCGCCCUUGGAGCGUUCGUCGGCUCCCACAUGCAGAAAAGUAGCGACAAGGACAGUGGCAUUUUAGGACUCUUCCUGAACAAGAUCCAACAGGGAGAACUAAACAAGUCCGGCGUCAUGAUGCAGGUCUGCGACAGUAACCGUGCCGCAGCUUACACGCUUGGUGUUGUCGCUGAAGCAAACCCAGAUCCUUCGCAAGCGCUGAGCGCCGUCCGAGAGGCCCUUGCAACUUGGGAUACAGGGAAAUGUGCUUCUGGAUACAGCGGGAGUUCAACCUCCACGAUCUCAAUGGGUGAGGUCGUGGAUGAGAACCAUAACGACGGUCCUAUUCCCAGUGGUAACGGAACCAGCGUACAUCGGCGCGCCCAUAAGCAUUCGCAUGGAAAGGGGCUGCUUCAUGAAAAGCACCGCCGAGCAACAUGUACCGCCAUCCAAGUCAACGACGGCGACAGUUGCAGCAAGUUGGCACGCCGAUGCGGGAUAUCUCCUGCCGACUUCACCAAAUACAACCCGAGCAGCACGUUGUGCUCUUCCUUGCUUGCUGGGCAGCAUGUUUGCUGCUCUGCCGGUACGCUUCCGGACUAUUCUCCCCAGCCGAAUGCAGAUGGGACAUGCGCAACGUAUAACAGUAUCACGGUUGAUGAUAUCGAGGAGUGGAAUAAGAAGUCGUGGGGGUGGACGGGAUGUGAUAACAUUCAAGCUGGAGCAAAUAUUUGUGUCAGCAAGGGAGACCCACCAAUGCCAUCCACUCUGAAGAACGCCGUAUGCGGUCCACAGAAACCUGGGACUAAGAGACCGGAUAAUUGGGAUGAUAUCGAAAGCCUGAAUCCUUGCCCUCUCAAUGCGUGCUGUGAUAUUUGGGGACAAUGCGGUACUACUGCGGAGUUUUGCACAAAAACAAGCUCUACUACUGACGCACCUGGAACGGCAAAGGACGGCACCAAUGGGUGUAUUUCAAACUGCGGUACUGACAUCGUUUUUGACGGGAAUGGCUUCGAUGACCAUCCUGUGCUAGUUGGUUACUAUGAAGCGUUUCAGAACAGCCGACCAUGCUUGAACCUGGAUGUGACAGCUAUCAAUAACACAGUUCAAUUGGGGGGUCAACAAGGAAGCCAUUCAUCAACAUUUUCGCAAGCUUGGGAUCAUAUCCAUUUUGCGUUCGCCAACAUCACUGAAUCAUUCGAGGUGGACGUUUCCAGCGUUCAAGAUGAGUUCGAACAGUUCAGAAAGUUUAAAUCCGCAGGCAAAAAGCCAAAGGGUGUCACCGAUGAACAGCGUUCAUUGUUUGCAUCAAAUGUCGCAAAGUUCGCUGAUGAUAAUGACCUCGACGGACUGGACUUUGAUUGGGAGUAUCCAGGGGCCCCUGAUAUCCCUGGCAUUCCCGCAGGCGAUCCCGGUGAUGGUGAUCGAUACCUUCAAUUUUUGAAAGAGGUUCGGGAUAAACUCUCCUCUGAGAAGACACUCUCCAUCGCAGCUCCUGCCUCUUACUGGUACCUCAAAGGUUUCCCGAUUGCGAAUAUCUCGUGCGUAGUUGACUACAUCGUGUACAUGACCUACGACCUGCACGGCCAGUGGGACUGGGACAAUGCUUGGUCGGUUGAUGGUUGUGAUGGCGGUGGCUGUCUCCGGUCACACGUCAACUACACGGAGAUUGUCAACUCUUUAUCGAUGAUCACCAAGGCCGGGGUGCCCAACAGCAAGAUCGUCGCAGGUCUGGCGAGCUACGGCCGGUCCUUUGGAAUGGUUGACCCAUCCUGCUAUGGACCGGAGUGCAAGUUCAAGGGGCCAGAGUCAGCGGCUAUGCCUGGAGAAUGCACGCAGACCCCGGGUUACAUUGCAAACGCAGAGAUCAACGACUGGCUGCAAGGUGAUCAGAAUAUCACCACGUACUUCGACCACGUUAGCCGAUCCACGAUCUCCUACUCGGCAAACGGCACAUGGGUGGCCUACACGGACGACAACGAAAGAAACAACAGGAUUACCGAAUGGUGGUACAACAGAACCGUCCUUGGAACAAGUCUCUGGGCGAUUGACCUGACUGAAUUCGUCGCUGAGCUCCCAGACGGCACAGUGCUGCCUCCACUGACCCUGCCCAACUGCGAUCAAGCCUUCACCAGUCUGGACGAUGUCGAAGCCUCUGCCGAUUCAAUCGAUCCGGAAUGCAUGAAUUUGUAUCUGAUCCAAGCGUUGAAGAGCAAUCUCUCCUCGUCAGUCUCGGCGUACCACGACGUCAUGAAAACGGACUACGACAAGAAAUUCGGCUGGUAUCAGGAUGCGGUCAGGGAGCAGUUCCCGCGGUCUCUUCAGGCGUUCUUGAAGGCCAAUGCCUCGAAUUACUUCGAAUGUACCUCUCAGGGUAUGGUCCCGCGGAGCGAAGAGCCGGAAGGCAAGAAUGUGAGCUCUUCGUGCCCAUCCAAUCCAAAGGAUACAGGUUACGCUAUCUUCUAUUGGACAGCGACAGACAAGGAUGGGUUUCUGGAGGACCUUGAAGACACCACAGGAAUUUCACCAGACCAGCUCGUGUGGGAGAUUGAUGCAUCGCAAUGCGUCAGUAGUCCAGACCCUUCACAGCCGAUGAUAUGCAGCGGCAGCAGGAACAUUGGCAUGCCGACCCUCCCGCCAGAUUUCACCGUCAGUAAUCCCAAGGACAUCAUCUCGGCUCGGCUCCCCAAUAUCACGACGUUCGAGGAACAAUCUACCACCAUUGCCACACUGGCAGACAGCGACCUGUACCUCGGCGACACCAUUGAUGUCGUGGACGGCGCAUCCCUCCUCGUCCUCAUGGUCUCGAACUCUAUCGCAAGCAUGAAGAGCGUCGAAAGCAUCGGCGAGGAAUAUCACAAGGAACAGGUCGAAGAAGCUAUUCUUCUCUUCGUUACUGCUUUCCUCCUCCUCAUUCCCGGCAUCGGAGAGCUCGCCGACUCUGUUGAAUUGACCUCGGUCGCAGUUACGCUACGAGCCAUCGGUGCAGCCGGUGACGCCGGAUUCGGUAUUUAUAGCGUCGUGAGUGCGAAGGAUGCGGGAGCUGGGGAAAUAUUCCUGGCUCUUUUAGGUGGCCUGGGCAUACUAGAUAUGCUCGAGGCACCGGCACUUUUUGCGAAGGCUGCCAAAGCGAGAAGGGCUAUGGAUGCCGGGGAUAUUGCAAAGCUGGGAGACGAGGUCAAGGGUGGGAUGGCUCAGAUUGACAAGUUGAAGCAGCUUUGCCGUUAG